AUGCCUUGUUAUCCUCAAAGACAAUCGAUACCUUUAAAUAGACGGUAUUUGAGCGAGGAAAAAGGUACAAAUGGCAAGGGAACAAAGAGAAAAGAGGAAAAGCAAGUUAACAAGACUAAAUCAGACAAGAAUGCCACUGAUAAGAAGCGGAAAAUACCCCCUUCAUUCAAAGAUGCAAAACCCUUUAUCAAAAGUGAAAAUUUACGUACAACCAGACGGCCAUCUGCAGAUGAGCAAAAGAAGAUAUUAGCAAGUAUCGAAGAGUCAGUGCGAAAGGGAGAUUACAAGAAAAGCCCAUUUGCGCUCUGGAAGAAGCUUGGAAUAAUAUUUGGAUCGACAGCUUUGUUUCUGGCAGGUUUUGUAGUUUAUCAGACGUUUCAAGGUAAGCCGGCCUUUUUCCCAUUGUGGUUCAGCAAGAUUGUUCCUUUGAGCCGGGCGUCAGGUGUGGAGAACAUACAAUUGGAAAAGCUGCGGGAUGCAACGAAGCAGACACUAUUAUUGAAGCUUUCAAUGAAUACACAGGUGCGAUUAAUGCUAGGAUUGCCACUUCAACUAGGUGAUUUUGAACGGUUUGAUGUGAAAAUUGAGUACAACAAUUACACGAUGGAAGGCUACCAGAUCGACUGCACAAAGAGCUGGCUUCAUCCAAAAGUAUCUCGAAGAAAACGUGAAAUUGUGAGUAUUCCAGAAAACUUCAAUGGUAUACUUGAGCCUAUGAGGGCAGAUUCGGCACCAGAUUACGAUCCUAUCGACGAGCAAUACAGUAAUCAGAGAGAUUACAGUAUUCUUUUAGAAGGAAGGAUUCCUGUUCUGGAUAGUGACACGUCAAAUGCAGAUAAGGGCACCGGCUCGAUCACAUUUCGAGGAUUAAUCGAUUUUGAUCAUACCAAGACGAUAAAGCUCACGAAUGUGAUUGUCUCCUACAAAGAGAAAGGGUCUCCAAAGAUUACUAAGCUUUGGUAG